AUGCAUUUUAUGUGUUUUGGUACCCUCAAACCCGUCAAGGAAGCCCUCAACCAAGAAGAGCCUCCGACAAUUGACGACAUCAAAGCCCUAGAAUGGGUAGAUACCAGAAGCAAGAAAAAUCUGAAAAAGCUAAGGAGUACCCUCAAGAAGAACCCGCGGCCUUCACAAGCCGGAAUCUCUGCAACGAGGUCUAGGGAAGAGAAAGAUAAGCGUAAUGAACAAAGCCGCGUGGCAUGGGCUGCAAGAACAGAUGAAGAAAAGGAGGAUGAGGCACGCAAGGACCGGGAACGUCGACAGAUAAGGGAGGCUAGAGAUGGGCUAGAUGCGAUUAAUGUCAAACGCAGAGCGAAACGGGCUAAAAGAUCUAAGGAGGAAAAGGCGGAGGAUGCACGCAAGGACAAGCAACGUCGAGAUAGAAAGGAGGAGAAAGAAGGGAAAGGCGUGAUUAAUGCCAAACGCAGAGCGCAAUUGGCUGGAAGAUCUGAGGAUAAAAAGGAGGAGGCUAGACGCAAGCAUAACGAAGCCUGCAAGCGUGACAACCAGCGUCAAAAGGAGUUGAAAAGGUUGGCUGCUGAGAAGGCCACAAAGGAAGAGAGACAGAGACAGACUCUGACUCUGAAUCUGAGUCUGAGUCUGUCUCUGAGUCAGAGUCAGAAACGGAUGUGCAGGCCGAAAAGGAUGACACCAACCUUAAGAGGAAGCAUCCCACGACCAGCUCAAAAACCACACCAAGGAAGAAUUCGGGUUAAGUCGCGACAUGACGACUUUGGGAGGUGGUGGGAGAAGUCGUUAACUUCCCUUCCAAGUUUAUCUCAUUAA